CCCACGCGCUCAGGCGCUCAUCAGUAGUGCGUUUGUGUGUGUGUGUGAUUGACCGGCCGGUCCGGCGCUUCUCUCUCGCCAUCUGGCUCCAGGACUUCGCGAUAAUUAGGAGAAACUAGACGCUUCUUGUGCAGCCGUCUCAGCGGAUAUCUGCGCGCCAGGGCUCGGAGACGGACCGCUCGGACACUCGGCGCCCUCCCCUCCGCUUGAUGUUUACCACUUGCAGGUGGGAAGAUGACCGCUGACGUCUAGAGCAGCUUUGGGGCACUGGGGCCUGCCUUCCACUGGCUGGCCACCCUAUCAGUGAAAUAAGAAGCUCCUCCUUCACCUGAGUUUCAAUUGGACAUAGAGUACUGCCUGGUUUCAACGUUACCAGCCCCCCUACCCCCUCCCCAACCCUAUCCCUAACCCACAUACACAUACAUACAUACACACACAUAUCCUGGGGCUGGACCAUGUCUGGCCGACGGCCGGAGGGCAGCCGGACACCCGAGGCGCAGGACAAGGACAAAGAGCGGGAGCUGGACAGUUGCAGGGAGAACAGUCCAGUCAUCGAGCGGCGCAAUCUCAGCGGCAUUAUCAGUGAACCUCUUAGCAAGAGCUUAAAAAGGUCUCGAGCGCUUUCCCAGUACACUGCUGCAUGCCCACAAAACACCAACAGACUGAGCCAUAACAGCCAGGUCAAAAACAAAGUCCAGUCUGGCCAGCACAAACAACAACAACAGCAGCAGCAGCAGCAACAACAACCGCAGCAACAGCGUUCAUCAUCCACGGCUUCUGCAUUAGUGCCUGCCAAAGUGGAUCGGACCCUGGAGCAGGCGCUGGAAGGACACAACGGCCUGUUGCACUUUGCCCAGGCCGCAGCGCUGCUUAAGCGAGCGGGCAUGGAGCACAUGUUGCUUCCGGCGGGAAUGGCCGCAGCUAUGGGAGUGGGUGGAGCAGGUACGGAAGCAGUGGCUGACAUUGAGGGUGCAUCAUCGGGUGAUGCUGUUGGAAGCCACACGGACUUCCCGUAUGGUGUUGGAGGUGGCUUUCCCUUUAAUCCAGCGGGCCUUUUUAUUAUGACGCCUGCUGGUGUAUUUCUCGCUGACAGUGCCCUGCACAUGGCCGGCCUGGCGGAGUACCCGGCGCACAAUGAGCUGGCCUCCGCCAUCAACGCCGGUAAGAAGAAGCGCAAACGUUGUGGUAUGUGUGCACCGUGUCGACGCAGAAUCAACUGCGAGCAGUGCAGUAGCUGUCGCAACCGCAAAACAGGUCACCAGAUCUGCAAGUUUCGCAAGUGUGAAGAGCUUAAGAAGAAACCCUCUGCUGCACUGGAGAAGGUAAUGCUGCCCUCGGGAGCCGCGUUCCGGUGGUUCCAGUAAGGCCGUGACCUCUGCCCUCCACCCAAAGCUCUGCCAUCAAGUGCAAUGCCAACCUUUGCUUGGACUGACUCUAGCACCAACACUGGCUAAACCACAAUGGAAAAAAGAAAACAACUCAUGGACAUACCCAACAAAGCAGAAACACUACACAAAUAAUAAAAUAAUGGAUGCACCUACUUAUUCCUUGAACCAAAAAUUCAACAGAAAGAAAAAAAAUUGCAACUUUCAUUCCCUUUUAUAUGUUUCCAUUUUGGUACUUUUUUGUCCUUUUUCCAGCAGAUUUUUUCUCAUGCUUAUACAUGGAACAGUUCA